AAAUAUUUCACCGCCUGCUUUAAACAUUUUCUCGUCAUAAAAGGAGGCUUGUGUUUGUGAGAUUUCUCAUCGCAAUUGAAGUUAAACGCUUCUAAACCGUUUUAAAAAUGAAUAAUCAAUAUAAUUAUCAAGCUGAUGAUCGGAUUCGUCAGCAACAGGCUAAAGUUCAGGAGGUUGUUGGUAUAAUGAAAGACAAUGUGAAUCUCGUAUUAGAAAGAGAAACUCGUUUAGCAGAAAUUGAUACUCGGGCUGAUGAAUUACAAGUUCAAUCCAAACAGUUUCAGGCAGUUGCUGGUCGUGUACGAAGAAAAUACUUUUGGCAAAAUAUGAAGAUGUGGUUUAUUAUUGGAGGAUUAGCUGUUAUAAUUCUUGUGGUUAUUAUUGUUUGGUCCGUAUCUAACAAGCAUAAUUGAAGUAAUAAAUCCCAAAUCUGUUCACGAACUGAAUCUGGAACAUAUGAGCUUUGAUUAUGAUUGCUUUAUUUAUUAAAAAAAUAACUUAUGAUCUCAGAAAGUAUUUUGUAGUAGUUGAAAUGGGAGAUAAAUGCAAAUUGUCGAUCUUCAAAUUAAA